AUGGCGGACGCCCAACAGGAAGAAAAUUUGAUCAAAGAAUACUUUAGCAAGGGUUUCGAAUACAAAGAAAUUAUCGAGUUUUUGACUAAGAAUCAUUCUAUAAAUAUGAGCAUCGCGACCCUUAAAAGACGCAUAAAAGUAUAUGGCCUUCAAAGGAAAAAUGCGGAUUACGACAUUGAUGUUAUUACGGAGAAAAUCCGAACUAUUUUGGAUGGACCUGGCUGUAUUGCGGGUUACCGACACGUAUGGCAUACACUUAAGUUACAAGGUAUUUCUGUGCCAAGAAGUGUUGUCCAGCACUUAAUAAAGCAACUUGAUCCCGAAGGGGUAGAACAGAGAAAGGCUCAUAAACUUCGGCGAAGAACGUAUCACAAUCGGGGACCGAACGAUGUUUGGCACUGUGAUGGAUAUGAUAAGUUGAAACCAUUCGGCUUUCCCAUUCACGCAUGCAUUGAUGG